GAUCAAAUUAUAGCUUUUAUGUAAGCAUAAAACCUUAUAAAUAGAACCAGCUCAGUGAACCGUUCAGUUCUGUGUAUAUAUAUAGGAAACAAAAUUAUGAGUUAUGAAGAACGGAGUUUCCUGGAGAAAGCAAACUUAGAUUAAGAUCACAUUUACCAGGUACUAAACGAUCUAAAAGUGAUGGAUAAAUUAUCGCAAGAACUUAUAGCUACAGAUCAGCGAAUCAGAGUUAACAAAGACACUGAAGUACGAAGAAUUCAAAGAUCUAUAGAGAAAACAAUUACCACUAUACUCGAAAGAGUAAAAUUGAUAGACAAACGACUAUCGUUAAGAUUGCGAAAAGUAGGAAGCUUUUAUGACGGACUUAAGAUCGGUCUUCCCGACGAGUUCGAUUUUCUAGCAGAGUUGGUUGAACUAAAGGAGGGACAAGAUGUUAUAGUUAGAUCUACAGGUUUCAACGGAACACGGAAUUUGUGGAAAACAACACAAGGAAAAUCCGGAAGACGAAAGAUUCAGUAUGUUGGAAAGACAUUGUGUGACAUGGAUGAUACAGAUGAACAAGACGAAGCCUGGAUGAAGCAAGUUGGAACAAAGAGAAAUCCUGAAUAUAUAAUUGAUUGUAUUUCAGUGAAGAACACAUUUUAUUCUGCUGUUCUUAAAGUGGUUAGGGCAUUUACAUCAGAAGAUUUACCGAGAUAUCUAACUGUCGGCGAAGAGCCGACAUUUAUCCAUGGUCCUGCCGUAACACUGGAGUUCAUCUGGCAUGGAAGAAGGUACAAGAACCUGAAAAUAAGUGUUGACUUGACAAUCUGUAUUAAAGCAGACAACUGGAAGACGUGUUUUGAUACUUUCGAAUGGAUAUUAGAAGAUAGUUGUAUCUCUCAAACGCUCAGCAAUGCACUUGACAGAGAUGGGUACCAUUUAACUCCGUAUAUAUCUGAAAGAGGACAUUCAUGUCAAUGGAGGGUUUCAACAUCUUACACGGAACAUCUAUUGAUGGAAAGUUUUGAUUUUGAAUCAAAAUUGAAGAUCGCAAUUCGCUGUCUGAAGCAUGAAAGAGAUCAGUACAUUGACACGCUACCUGAACCUACCGAGAUGUUAGAUCAAAAAUUUGCAAAUGUGGUUCAGUUUGUGAGGCUCUAUCAAGGAGAGGACGAAGAACAACAACUUAUCUCAUCUUAUAUGAUAAAAACAACAGCAUUUACAACGUUAGGGUUACUGACUAGCAAAUGGUUUGACAGAAUUCCAAUAUCAAUAAUGUAUACGUACUUUAUAACACGACUUUAUACAUCAAUCAAAUUUAAUGCGCUACGGAUGUUUUUCAUAAGUGAUUACAAACUUCGGGUGCCGGAGUUCGGUGAAAUUUUACCCGGAUUUAAAGCACUUGUUGACUCAGUCUCUGAAGAAGAUGUGCCAAAAUUUGACUUGUUAAGAUGCAUUCAAGUUGACACUGAACAAUGCAGUGAUGAAGAGCUUGAAUUUAUAUAUACAUACGAUACGUUUAAACAAAUGAAGAUCGAUGUUCAUAGACAUUACAAUUUCUGGUGGAAAAGUUGGAAAGCAUACACUGUUAAAGACGUUUCAGUAAGUAAGUUUAAAUGGUGACAGAUUGUUUUCAAAUUUGACACUGUGAUAGUUUAGAGCAAUGAAAACAUUUACGUAAUGAGAUAUCAGUUUCGUGCAUAUGGUGUUUGUUUUUGUGCUGGUUCAGCUGAAUUAUCUCCCUUUGUCAUGAAAAGUUAUAAUUAAAUGAAAUAAAUUGUCAAAGGAAAAACAUAAUCUAAUGCAACGAGCAUCAAACUUUUCGUUUUACAUUGUAUUUUGAAAAUGCUCUUCUAUAACUGAAAAAAAUAAAAUAAUUCAUGUUGUCUAACAAGAAUUUUCAUUAUUCCAACAGAUUUCACCUUUCUGAUGGGUUAUUUCAGUUUCAAAGAUAGUAUCAAUCAUUUAUUAUAUACAGUGAAACACCGCUCGCUCGAGCAUCGAUGACUCGAGUACCCUGGCUCGCUCGAGCAGUUCAUGUGGUCCCGGUCGAUUUCCUUCUAUUUUCUAUGUGAAAUUACCACGGCUGGGUCGAGCACCGAUAACUCGAUCACUCGAGCAUGACAUCUGGUCCCUGUGUAUUAAUUUACUCUUUGUUGCUUCUGGCAAACUCGAGCAGAGGUGUCAAAAUUGUUCACACCUUCGGUGGUCAGAAUUUAUUGGUUUAUUAAAAAUGUCCACACACCGUGAGAAUUGCGUGGUCUACUCCACGACUAUCCUUAAUGUUUGUUUGUUGGUAUAUUUGAUCUGAUAAUGAGAUUAAUUAUUGACAAAAGUUUUAUUGGUCAGAUAUAGAUGAAUUACUGAUUACUUAAAUUUUCUUUUCUGCGGGAUCGAGAAGACUGUCAUGAGAUCUUUGUAUUUUAAUCAGCAGUUGUUUGCACGCAAAUGAAGGAAAUAAUAUAGCCUUUUCAUAAAAUUGAGAAAAUAAUUUUGAUAUGCACUUGUUCAUAAAUAAAAAUAAAAAGUCCUAGUUGUUUCUUCGCAUGUGCCAUUUACAAAUUACGUAUUGAAACGUCUAUCAAUAUGUUUUUGUUUUGUUUUUUGAAAAUGUCACAAGCAUGUUAUUAUUACGCAUCAUCGUUUACUUUACAAAUGGUCGCGAUGACAAUUGAUAUUGGUAAAACAAACUUCAAUUUUCUUCUUAUGUUGGUCAAUGUUCGAGUCGUUCGAAACCAUGGAUAACUCGAGCAUUUUGCUCAUCCCCUUGCGACCUCGAGCGAGCGGUGUUUUACUGUAACAGUUAUACCGGUACUUUACAUUUAUUAUAUAACAGUUAUACUUUACAAUUUUAUUUUCAACAUAAUGGAACUAUGUGGAAAUUAAUUAAUUUAACGAACAAAGUUGUAGACUUAAUUUUAUGUAUGAUUACAAAAGAUGAAACACUUGUUGAGUGUAUGCAUGGUUGUGUCUAUAACGUAUAUGUACACAAAACAUGAACAAAUGAAAACGAUAGACAACAAAGACAAAACAAACAUACAAAGGAUCAUAGUGGGACACUGCCAACAACACCUGGGAGUUUACACCUAUUAAUGGUGCGCCAAACCUCAUUCUCAAUACCAACAAUGGUCUAAAGUUAAAUGACAAUGCAAAUACGCAGUACAGAGAAUAAUGACAGGAAAAUGUACUUCACCCACUAUAACGUCGAUUGGGGUAUUACCGGCCGGGACAUUUUGAUAAACAUCUCCUCAAAGUCCGUUGUGAUGUUUGAAUUGUUUAAUACACUGAUCAUGAGUUUUUAAACGUUUUUCCAAAGUAUUUACAAAGAAUAAUAAAAUGUUGCACUAAACAAACCGCAUAUUUAUAGUUAAUCUACUUCUAGAUAUUAUUGAUAAAACUUCGAAACUACAGUUUUGCAAAUAUUUACAUAAGUAUAUGUAUUAUGAU